UCAUAAAAUCGGUAGAAAACAACUACCCGCGAAGUAAAUCUAGUGUUUUGGUGAUCAUAAUAAAAUUCAACCGCUUUUAUAUAGGUUGCUUCAUGUAGAGUUGAAGUAUGAAAGAAACUACAACUCAAAAUAGUAAAUUGCAUAUUCAGGAAAGAGAAUCCACAAUGUUUACUCGAAGCAAAAAUCAACGAUCCUUAAUUGCAAAACAAAAACCUGCUAAACGGAGUGUAUCUGACAUUUCUCCAAAUAAAGCUAUAGAAACUCGAAAAAGAACUGCAUUUGGUGACAUAACAAAUGCUAUACAGGCACACACUCACAGAUUAAAUCUAGCAAGAAAAAGAAGUAAAAGCAUUGAUAGUUCUAAACAAGCUCAAAAAAGUAAGUUAAAACUUUCAACAAUAACCACAAGGAAUCGUACAAAAAAAACAGAUUCAAAACCAAACUUAGAAAAAAAUGAAGCAGAUAUUUCAUUGCCAUGUUUUAUAUCUGAACAUUUCUCUUCUGCUAUUGAAAAUGGAAAUAGUUCUAAAAUGGAACAAUCAUUUACUAGUGAUAAGUCUGAAUGUCAUGAACAAAGUAAAGAUAUGCCUGAGCAAAUGAAUGUUUCUAGUACUAGUAGCUCUGGAAGUUUGUCUGGAAAAGUUAGACCAGUUCCUGUAAUUCCUGCUUCUAUUUUACAAAAAGUAGAAGAAGAUAUACGUUCUCCUAUUAACAAAUAUCCAGAUGGUCUUCGACCAUAUGAUACAGAACUACGUGAUCCUUUUUUAGUGGCAGAAUAUGCAGAAAGCAUUUUCCAAAAUUUGAAAAAACGUGAGGCAAAAUAUCCUGUCAUUAAUUAUCUAAUUAAAGAAAAUUGUGAAACAACUGGUCCUAUGCGUGCCAUUUUAGUGGACUGGCUGGUUGAGGUUCAAGAGAAUUUUGAGCUCUAUCAUGAAACUCUAUAUCUUGCUGUCAAAUUAGUAGAUAAUUUCUUACAAAAUAAUCCAACUCCUAAGGAACAAUUGCAGCUUGUUGGUGCUACAGCUUUGCUAAUUGCAUGCAAAAUAGAAGAACAUCACCCUCCUCCACUUGAUGAUUUUCAAUACAUUUGUGACGAUGCUUAUACACAUAAAAUGUUUAUAAAUAUGGAAUUGAAAAUUUUUAAAGCUUUAGAUUUUGACGUCAAUAUACCAAUAUCAUAUUCUUUUUUAAGAAGAUAUGCAAGAGUAACAUCAAUGAGCAUGCAGCUCCUAACUUUAGCUCGUUAUAUAUUGGAAUUGUCACUUCAAGAAGCUCAAUUUGUUGACGUUCGCUCGUCAAAAAUUUCUGCUGCUUGUUUAUGUUUAGCUUUAAAAAUGAAAGAUGAAGGUGAUUGGGAAGCGAAUCUUUCUUAUCACACAGGAUAUCAAGAAAAAGAACUAUCUACUUUAGUUACAAAUUUAAAUACAAUGGUAACUAACGCUCCUAAAAGUAAAUUACAGACCAUUCGAAAUAAAUACCUUCACCCUGUUUUCUUUGAAGUUGCGAAAAUACCAGCAGUUGAUCCAUUAUUUCUGUAGCUCAGUUUUCAAGUUAAUUCUUGAAAAGAUUUUAUUUCAAUGAAACGGUUUGUAUAUUUGUAAAUAUGAAGCUACUAUAAUAAUUUGAGUAUUUAUUUAAUUUUUAACUUUUUGAAUAUUGUUUUAUUCUUCUUAGCAUUUAAAUUUUUUUAUUAAUCCAAAAGAUAUCAUUCUUAUUCGUCUAAAGUUUUAUAUUACUCUAAAUGAAUAUAUUUGCUUAUUUGUCUUAAAGAUUUAAAAUAUUUUUAUAUUAUUAAUAUUUUUAUUCUUCCCGUGUUAUUAAUAAUAUUUUUCUCAGUCUAAUAUUAUUAAUAAUAUUUUAUAUGUAUAUUUUGUGUCGAUUAAGUUGUCAAAUGAAUUAUAUUGUGAUAAAAUAAA